AUGCCUGUCACUCAACUCGAAACGAUCAUGUCGUCGUCGCCGUGGAAGAAAGAACAAGAGCCUGAAGUAGUGGUUAUGGACAAGGUGCUGCGAAGGGCGGAACUGGGAAAGGUUGGCCGGAAGCUCAAAGCUCGAUUGGCGCUCGCACAGUUCAAGGCGGCUCGAGGUUGGGAAGAUCUGACCCUGGACACAAUCGAACCAAGGAUUGAAGAGGAAUUAAAACUUCGAAGGCCUACUUCAAGUGGUGAUGUUUUUUCAGACUCUUCCUCGAACAGCGGAUCUGAAUUUCGAUACACAAAUUCACGGCAGCUUAUGAGCUCACCUCUCAAAGGCUCUGCUCUCUUCUCCGAUGAUAUCACCCCACGAAGUAGUGGAGGAAGUAAUGGACCGAGGAAGAGGAAUUAUCACAACAGUUUCGAACUUCCAAGUUCUGGUGCAUCUAGGAAAAGACUUCGAUCGUCACCUGCUGUCAGCAGGUCCUUCAACUCAAGAGAUGCAUUCUUCCGGGAACAGCGACAAUUAACACAAUCUUCCCCUAUCAAGCCACGAAAGCAAACACACUUCACCACAUCGGCCGGCCCAGAUGUUUCAUUCUAUCGCGGAUCUUCACACAUGCCAGACGAUUUGCAAUCUAUAAACUAUGCAGCAACUUCAGAUGAUGAGGACGGCUUACUGCCAACGCAUUCAUUUAAUAUCCGGUCAUCCCCUCCAACAACUCCACCUCCAGCUCGGAGAUCUAACCUUGGUCGACGAAACAACAAGGACAACAAUGGAAAGUCUGGUGAAGAAGGAGCUGCUCUCUUAUUACACCUUGCAACGUCCCCUUCUCCAGCAGUUCAAACUCGAUCAAGGAUGCAACCCCCAUCGACCCCGCCACCCAAGAGCUCCCCACUUCCAUCUUCAAUGAUGACUACACCGAGCGGAGGUACAAAUCUUCUAUCCAUGUUUGGAGGUCCAAAUACUCCAUCUCAAAACUUCGACUUCAGUGACUUUGUCAACAUCACGCCGAGUCCCGCACAGAAAACCUGGACGAGAACUCCUCGACUAAACAAGACUCCACAGACCGUGGCACGAAAACGUCUUACGUUUGAGAACUUUUCACAAUCAAGUCCAAACCAAGCGAAGCAUGGAUUGGGGAUGCAACUUGGUGGAGAUUUAUUACGAUGA